AUGGCACCCAUCAUAACUCAUGCUGUUCUUCUUCUCAGAGCGUAUGAACAAGCCGGCAUGAUGCUGAAGGACAUGAAGAAAAUGCCUGAAGCCAUUCAGCUGAUCGAGAAGGCCAGCAUCAUGUACGUGGAGAAUGGGACGUCUGGCACCGCUGGAAUAGCCUUGGACAGGGCUGGGAAACUCAUCGAGCCGAUUGAUCUCCAGAAAGCCGUGGACUUGUACCAGAAGGCCGCAUCUGUGUUUGAGAAUGAAGAUCGUCUCAGACAGGCCGCAGAGCUUCUGGGAAAAGCCUCCAGACUUCUGGUGAGACUGCGCAGGUUGGACGAGGCUGCUGUGUCCCUUCAGAAAGAGAAGAACAUGUACAAGGAAAUUGAGAAUUACCCGACCUGCUUUAAGAAAACCAUCGCUCAAGUGCUGGUUCAUCUCCACAGAGGCGACUUUGUGGCCGCAGACAAGUGUGUCAGAGAAAGUUACAGUCUCCCAGGGUUCAGCGGGAGCGAGGACUGCGUUUCCAUGGAGACGUUACUGGCGGCGUUUGACGAGCAGGACGAGGAUGGGGUGUCACGCGUCUGCAACUCACCUUUACUGAAGUACAUGGACAACGACGUGAGUGUCAGACAUCAUAUUUCACUCCAAACAGAACAAUACUGUGGAGGAAAAAAACUAAAACCUCAUUACGCUCAAUAA